AUGAGUCGGCCACCCUUCGCUCACCACAGGUCCUCCUUCGAUGGACCUGGUGCCCGGCCCAUCCUCGGUGAAGCUGGCCCCUCUGGUAGCCAACAUCACCCAGACGCUCGCCCCACCAGCAGAGGAGGCCGUGACAGGUAUGGAAGCCCUCAACGUUCAUAUGGACCCCCGCCGCAUCCACAAGACUCACAGGGCUACCCGCCCUAUCCGGGGCCUCCUCCGGUUCACCAUCCUGGGGCAGGACAGGCGUAUCGCUAUUCGCAGCCGCCGCCACCACUGGCUUCGUCGGUUCCCUCCAAGACAUCACCCCGCCGUCACAACUCGCCCGAUCGUCAACGUGUGUCGCCGCUCACUACUACCGCACCGGCUCCUUCCCCUCCCGUGAUCAAGCGAGUGGGGGGAAAGGCAAACGUGUCUAGUGCAUGUGGUCCAUGCAAGCGGGCGCACCUUGCCUGCGACGUCGCUCGGCCUUGCAAGCGCUGCGUGAACAUGAACAAGGAAGAUCAGUGCGAAGAUGUCCCGCACAAGAAGCGCGGAAGGCCCAAAGUGAACAAGCCACCGGUCACCGAACCAUACACCCGUUCGCGCCCCGGCGAGGAAGGAGGCUCGGCGACAGGUCGAAGAGGUGCUGCUCCAUAUGAUCCGGCGAGAUCGUAUUCCUCGUCCAUCAAUUCGCCGCCAUCACCUCUGGGUGACAGUGGCCGGCCGAGUUCUUCCCGGAUGAUACCUUCACCGCCGAGAACGGCUAUCGGUUCGAUGGUGCCUGUUGGUCAGGUGGAUGCCGCGCCUCCUCUAGCUGGACCUUAUCCGCCUGGACCAGCUUCUGCUCCUCCCACAGCUCAUGGGGUCCAGCCAAUUCCGGACCUAUUCACGAUCUUCUGCACGACCGACUUCAACAUCUUACGCAUCACGAACGCAUGUCACGCUUUGACCGGAUUUCACUCUCAAGAGUUUAUCAACUUAAACUUAAACCGUUGGGUCCACCCGGCCGACCAGCAUGUUCUCGACAGCGAACGGAUAAAUCUGCUCUCUGUAUCAUACCUCCAAAACUCUCUUCAGUCAACACGAGAGGUCACUCAAGCCAUCCGUUCUCAUAGUGAACGGGAGCUCUUAACCCCUGCAAUCGGCAUGACUGAACCUUACCCGCAAGUCAAUGUUCGACUUUUACGCGCCGACCAUGGCUAUAGCUACUACAACGUUCGACUCCACCUUGGAGGCGGUCUGGGAGGCUCGCUCUGGGAUCCGGAGCUGCAGGGCAACAUCUAUCUCGUUGUGUCUUGUCUUCUGAUUUCUGAUCGCGAUGCCCCUUCCGACCGUCCUCCUUCGCGACGGGCCGUGAUGGGUUUGCCACCAACGGCUAUAUCUGCAAUGCCUCCCCCGCCACCGCAUACGUUGCCUUCGUUCUCUUCGGUUGCUGCGUCGGCUGACAUUCUCCCCCCUAGAGACGCGAGAGAUAUGCGAGAUCCCAGAGACGUACGGGGUGACCCAAGGGAUCUUGCUCCACGCAUUGUAGACCGCCCGGACCCGCGCGAGCCACGAGACCCAAGAAGCUUGAGGAGCCAUCGCGAUUCUCGUGACACCCAUGACCCCCGUGAUCCCCGUGAUCCACACCGCGACUACCGACAUUCCCAACAUUACUACCCGCGUCAGCCGUGGCCUCCAGGACCUUCUAGGCGGACACCAUCCCCACCACCUGCAUACCCUUCACGCUAUUACCCUCCUGCUUAUUACCCUAGUUACGAACAAGUACGAAGAGAAGAUGAGUGGCGGCGUCGCUCAAGCGCCGCCCCUCCACCUCCGGGACCUGGGCCCGUACCGCCUGGAGGACAUCAUCCUCCCCCUCCGUCAGGUCCUCCUGGUCAUCCGGGUCCCCCGGGAGACUACCGCCGGACAUGGGAGCUAUGA